AUGGCGGCGCAGGUGUAUGAUGCCAACCGCGCCACGAUGGCGCACAUCCAUCAGGGCGGCCCCAACGACAACGGUCCCGUCAUCGUGUUCCUGGUGCCGGUGGGCGUGGGCAGCGCCGCCACCACGCAGACGCUGCCCCAGCUGGAGCCGCCCCAGUCGGGAGACGUGACGUUCCGCGGCAGCUUCACAGCCGCCGACAUCGGGGGCCCGGCUGCCGGCAUGAGUCUGAGCGAGCUCAUCAACCUGUUCAGGGCCAACCAGGCGUAUGUGAACGUGCAUGACGAGCAGAACCCGGCUGGCGUGGUGCGUGGGCAGGUGGAGUGGGUGUGA